GAAAUCACCAAAACACAACAGUUAUUCGAGGAUAAAAAGGCCAGAAGAGAACAAAGGAGAAGCCUGCAAGAGAGUGGCGAUUUUCUGGGUGUUCAGGGUGCCAACCCGAGAACUGGUUAUUGGGACAUCAGCGAUGUCACAAGUAGUAGUGAGCCUAGCCAGGCGAGCGAAGAGGCAAGGCAGCUACUUGCAAAGCAGGCACGAGAGGUAGCCGAGAAGAAGAGACGAUAUGAGGAGGCUCAGGUAAUGCAGCAGACUGAGCUCAAGAGAGUACAGGCAUUGAGAGAUGCAAAGAAGAGAGAUAAACUGGAACAGAAGAGGAGAGAAUUGAAAAUGAGACAGAGAGGCAGGGGAAAGUGGAGACUGAGCGAGAAUGGUUGGAGCAGUCUCGCCGAACCAGACCUCAGUCCCAUUGAGCAGUCAUUGGCUGGAUCUCCUGUGGCAGAAAUUGCUCCUGCUGAUCGAUUAUAUCCAAUGCCUUCAGCUGAUCAUCCCUCGCCGUACGAAGGAACCGGGUCGGUGGCUCAGCCAGACUAUUUUGGUAAAGGGCAUACAACAUCUCCGCUUGCGAGAGAUCAUCCAAGUCGUGGAAGUGGGACGAUAUCUACAGAGUCCCGUCAAAAACUCAUACCCCGAAAGCCUGUUGGUUCCCUGAGUCGUCGGGCCACAGAAGGAUCAACCAGUACUAUUGUACACACCACUAGU